GUGGUGUUAAGCAGCUGAUAGGCAUUUACGCUUUUCUGUAACUAUUGAGUUCAAAUUUAACUGUUCUGUCCCUCGCAGUAUAUGCGUUAGACUGCCUGUUUUCUGUUUCAGCGAAGCCUUUGAAGUGACAUUACAAACGCCCAUCAUUAUGGGGGAUGAUAGUGAAUGGAUGACACUACCCACAGACCAGAAAUGUGAGCAUAAGGUUUGGAAAGCACGAUUAAGCGGCUAUACAGAGGCCUUGCAACAGUUUCAGAGAGUCACUGAUGAAAAAAGCCCUGAGUGGGGGAAGUACCAAGGCCUGAUCAAGACAUUUGUGGCUGACUCCAAUGCAGUAGCACAGCUCAAAGGACUGGAGGCAGCUCUAGCAUACGUUGAAAAGGCGCAUGUGGCAUCUCGGACCGUGGGAGAGGUGGUGUCUGGAGUGGUGUGUAAAGUCUUUAACCAGCCGAAGGCCAGAGCUAAAGAGCUGGGCUCUGACAUCUGCCUCAUGUACAUAGAGAUAGAGAAGGGCGAGAUGGUGCAGGAAGAGCUCCUUAAAGGUCUGGACAACAAGAACCCCAAAAUCGCCCUUGCCUGUGUUGAAGUCUUGCGGAGGGCAGUGAGUGAAUUUGGACCGAAGGUCAUCACGCUGAAACCUGUUGUGAAGGUGUUGCCGAAGCUUUUUGAGUUGCGAGAGAAGGCCGUGCGAGAUGAGGCCAAACUGCUCGCUGUAGAAGUCUACAGAUGGAUCAGAGAUGCCUUGCGUCCUCCCCUUCAGAACAUCAAUGCCGUUCUGCUGAAGGACCUGGAGGAGGAGUGGGCAAAGCUUCCAUCGUCGGCGCCCAGGCAGAGCCGCUUCCUGCGCUCUCAGCAGGACCUUCGGGCCAAGUACGAGGAGCAGCAGCAGCAGCAGCCUGACGGAGACACUGCAGAUGGAGAUGCUGCUGACUUGGAGGACGCAGCACCUACCGUGGAUGCUUACGAGCUUCUAGAAGCUGUGGAGAUCCUCUCAAAGAUGCCUAAAGACUUCUAUGAGAAGAUUGAGGCAAAGAAGUGGCAGGAAAGGAAAGAGGCCUUGGAGGCUCUGGAGACUUUGACGACAAACCCCAAAUUGCAGGCUGGAGAGUAUGGGGAUGUAGUCAAAGCGCUUAACAAGGUUAUCGGGAAAGACACGAAUGUCAUGCUGGUGACUAUUGCUGCCAAAUGCGUGGCUGGACUUGCCGCUGGCCUGAGGAAGAAGUUUGGCGUGUAUGCUGGUCAUUUGGUGCCAACUAUGUUGGAGAAAUUCAAGGAGAGGAAAGCUCAGGUGGUGCAAGCACUCCAGGAGGCCGUAGAUGCUGUGUUCCUCUCCACUACGUUACAAAACAUAAGUGAGGAUGUCUUGGCCGUCAUGGACAACAAGAACCCAUCAGUCAAGCAGCAGGCCUCCCUGUUCUUGUCCAGAAGUUUCUGCCACUGCACCACCACAACUCUGCCUAAAAGCCUCCUUAAGCCAUUGUGUGUGGCAUUGCUAAAGCAAGUGAGCGACUCGGCUCCUGAAGUCCGAGAUGCAGCCUUUGAGGCCUUGGGCACAGCUAUGAAGGUGGUGGGCGAGAGAGCUGUUAAUCCUUUCUUGGCUGAUGUUGAUAAACUGAAAAUUGACAAAAUUAAGGAGUGCUCAGAGAAGGUUGAGCUGGCCGGAGGGAGGAAGACUUCAGGGCAGAUGAAGAAGAAACCGGUCUCUAAUGCUGAACCAACAGCCGAGGCCUCUGCCAGGCCUUCAGCACCCUCCAGGAAGACCCCCACAGCUUCUGCUGCUGCUAAGCAAUCAGCCCCCAAAAAGGGGAAAGCCCCUGCAUCCAAAGGAGCUGCUGCCACCACAAAGAAUGCGAAGAACAAGGAGACUGUAGAGCCUGAGCUCUCGCUUGAAGUGUGUGAGGAGCAGGCAGCCAUGGUCCUGCCAGCCUCUUGCAUGCAGACACUGGACAGCGCUAACUGGAAAGAAAGGUUGGCUGCGAUGGAGGACUUCCAUAAGGCCGUCGAGCAGAUGGACAGCAGAGAGAUGCCCUGCCAGGCUCUCGUCCGUCUGCUGGCUAAGAAACCUGGCUGGAAGGAGACCAACUUCCAGGUGAUGCAGUUGAAGCUGCAGGUGGUGGCUACGGUGGCCCAGAGGGGCUCGUUCUCCAGAACGUCUGCCCUUGCUGUGCUGGAGGCAGUGGUGGACAGGACUGGUGACAUUAAGUGUAGCGGGAGGGCUAAGGAAGCCCUGAGUGCUGUGGCUGAAGCUUGCAAACUGCCAUGGACUGCAGAACAGGUUGUUUUUAUAGCCUUUGGCCAGAAGAACCCAAAAAACCAGGCUGAAGCUCUUUGCUGGCUCUCCAGUGCCAUAAAGGAGUUUGGCUUUGCGGGAAUAAAUGUGAAGGCUUUUAUUAAUAACGUGAAGACGGCCCUGGCUGCCACCAAUCCUGCUGUGAGAUCGGCUGCUGUCUCCCUCCUCGGCGUGAUGUACAUGUACAUGGGGGCCCCUCUCCGCAUAUUCUUUGAGGAUGAGAGGACGUCCCUGCUUUCCCAAAUAGACGCUGAGUUUGAGAAGGUGAAGGGCCAGACUCCUCCUGCUCCUAUCAGAGGAUCCUCUAAAGCAAGCACUGGGGAGGAGGCUGAUGAACAGGAGGAAGAGUUGGGAACAGAUGUGGUGGACCUCCUGCCUCGAACUGACAUCAGUGACAAGAUCACCUCUGAGAUGGUGUCCAAAAUUGGCGAUAAGAAUUGGAAGCUCAGGAAGGAAGGCCUUGACGAGGUGGCUGCGGUCCUUUCCGAUGCAAAAUUCAUCACAGCCAGCAUUGGAGAGCUACCCCUGGCCCUCAAGGCUCGACUCACUGACUCCAAUAAAAUACUGGUCCAGCGGACGUUGUCUAUCCUGCAGCAGAUGGCCGUAGCGAUGGGCCCAGCUCUGAGGCAGCACAUCAGAGGCCUGGGCUUCCCCAUCCUCAACGUACUGGGAGACAGCAAGAAUACUGUACGAGCAGCAGGUCUGGCUACGCUGAAUGUGUGGGUGGAGCAAACUGGAAUGAAGGAGUGGCUGGAAGGGGAGGAGCUAUCUGAGGAACUAAAGAAGGAGAACCCAUUUCUGAGACAUGAGCUGCUGGCCUGGCUGGCAGGCAAACUGCCCAGCCUGCGCUCUGUUCCCUCUGAUCUCAGCCUGUGUGUUCCUCACCUGUAUUGCUGCCUGGAGGACCGCAAUGUUGACGUGCGGAAAAAGGCCCAGGACGCCCUGCCCGCAUUCAUGAUGCAUCUGGGCUUUGACAAGAUGAACAAAGCUGCUGCUAAGCUCAAGCCAGCAUCUAAAGACCAAGUGGUUGGUUUGCUCGAAAAAGCUCGAGCUUCCGUGCCUGCCAAGCCUUCAGCUCCGACUAAAACGACACCGGCUGCCAGCGGCAGCGUGAAAGCCACCCAGUCUCCCCCAGCUUCAGCCAAAGCUGCCCCAGCAACAGAACAGUUGCCAGCAGAAGCCAAGAAAGUCAAGUCAGCAGCUGUACCCAAAGCCAAGGCUGUUGGGAAGAAACCGUCGGGGAAGGCUGAGGAGGAUCGAUCUGGCCCCAUCUUUAUUCUCGUGCCCAAUGGCAAAGAACAGCGCAUCAAAGAGGAGAAGAGUCUAAAGGUGUUGAAGUGGAACUUCAUAACGCCACGGGAGGAGUAUGUUGACCAGCUGAAGACUCAGAUGAUGCCUUGUGUGGCUAAAUGGUUGAUGGAGGAUCUUUUCCAUUCUGACUUCCAGAGGCACGUUAAAGCUAUCGGUACCCUGAUCGAGCACCUGGAGGCGGAGACUGGGGCUACAGUCAGCUGUCUGGACCUAAUCCUGAAGUGGUUCACAUUGCGUUUCUUUGACACCAACACCAGUGUGCUGAUGAAGGCACUGGAGUACCUCAGAGUUCUCUUCCAAAUGCUCAUUAACAAGGACUACCACCUCACCGAGCAUGAAGCCACGUCUUUUAUCCCCUACCUUAUCCUGAAGAUGGGUGAACCAAAGGAUGUUGUUCGGAAAGAUGUGCGCGGCAUCUGCCGCCUGCUCGGGCAGGUCUACCCUGCAAGCAAAAUCUUUCUCUUCUUGAUGGAUGGCACCAAGUCUAAGAACUCCAAACAGAGAGCAGAGUGUCUGGAAGAGCUGGGCUGUCUCGUGGGCAUGUGUGGAAUGUUGGUCUUCCAGCAAACUGCAUCAAAUGCCUUGCGAGAGAUCGCAGGUCACAUUGCUGACCGGGAUACAGCCGUACGCAACGCAGCUCUCAACGCUUUAGUGACCGCCUACAAUAUCUGUGGAGAGCAGGUCUACAAGCUCAUUGGCCAGCUGUCGGAGAAGAGCAUGAGUAUGCUGGAGGAGAGGCUUAAGCGAUCUGUGAAGAAACCCUCUGCCCCAGCUGCCAGCAGGCCUCCAGAGGAGAAGCCAUCAGGGUCAGCCAACGCCUGUCUGCUGCGCAAACCUAGCUUGCGUCUCAGUGAAAUCCGGAGUCAGAAUGCUGCUGUGCAGAAGCAAAACUCUGAGGUUCCGUGCAUGUUCCAACUGGACCAGAACUUCAUCAUGGAACUGCCCGAGUUGUUCAUUCCCAACCUGGCAGUAGUGGAUUCGGAAGAGCCAUGGCUUGAUAUGCCGGAGUUUAAAUUCAGAUUGCCCUCAGUCUCCAGCCUUGUGGAACCUGUCUGCAGCAUCAAUCUCAUCAUCUCGCAGGUUGCCAGCUCUGAUGCCAAAACUAGCAUUCAGGCCCUGACAAAGAUAGCAGAGAUCUUGCGGCAUAACAGCGAGUGGCAGGUGAUGUCGGGUCAUGUGGACGAGCUGGUCGUGUCCCUGCUCAUGCAGCUCCGGCUCCUGGCCAGCAGGCGCAUGGCGGCAGAGAGGCUGGAGGCACAGCGGGACGUCGACGAGCUCUACAGCUCAGUCAUCGGCUCCCUGAACCAGCUGGUCUUGGCAGGCAAGCUGGCUCAGGAGGCCUCUCCUGGUGUGCUGAAGGACCUAGUGCAGGCACUGCUCUCUCUGAUCCUGGACCCCCAGCAGCAGCAGUGCGGGGGAGAGUCCCAGCUCAUCCGCGCCGUUCACAUCUUGCUUUCAACCCUGCUAAAGACUGCAGACUCCACCAGCACACUCAGUGCCUUACUGAUGCUGUUGCAGGAGUCCUGCAACUCAAGUACUUGCUCUUCAGAAUUCAAAGAGCUAGUUAUGAAGUGUCACUGGCGAAUGAUCAAGCUGCUUCCGGAGAAGGUAGAGGCACUUUACCUUGACAGAGUUCUCCUGGACAUUCACAACUUCCUGAAGGUCUUUCCUAGAGAGGUGAUCAGGCAAAAACCCAUUGACCUGAUUCACCGCACAGUGAAAACCCUGCUCCACACCCUCUACAGGCUAGUUGGACCCAAGAUUAUGGAUCACUUGAGCCUGAUUGAAAACCGGGAUGAGUCUGCGGUAGAAGCCCAUCUGAAGCGUGCCAUGAAGCACUACGUCCCAUCACUCAGCCAGGUGAAUACAGAGAAUGUUUGCAAAGCAAAGACCCUUCCAUCUGCAAGUCCAGUCAAGAGUUCCACCAAGUCUGCCGCAGUCCCGUUCAGCACUGAGAACUUUAACCCCGCACACUUCCAGGAGAGGCUAAGGGUUCUGAAGGAGCUCCAUGUUGUAGACAUCAACACCAAGCCAGUAAAUGAGGUCAGGUGUGGCCUCCCAGUUGUGAGCUCUAAGCCUGCACUGCCCUCCUCCAUGGACAUGCUCCAGUCUCAGCUCUCCCAGCUCCUUGAGGCUCGAGAAGAGCAGGACAGUCAGAAUGUUCGGCCCCGGAGCCCAGUCACCCCUGUUGGCCCUCCCCCAGACCUCAGCGACUUCAUAGCCAGACUGGAGAGGAUUAAGGCCAACCUGCACUAAUUCCUGCAGCUUUCCACACCUUUUAUGCCUUCUGUCUGCUUCCUUUUGUCUCUUUCCAGCACCAAGACUGGCUGCUACUUCUACAUUUGUGUGUGGGUGUGUUUUACUGAAUCCUGAUUUUUUGUUUGUUUGUUUGUUUGUUUGUUUUUUAAAUGUCAUGUGAAUAAAAUCUGCUUUUAGAUGGG